CCUCCACCCACCUCUCCCUCUCGUCUCUAGAGAGAGAAGUGGCGUCGUCCAAUACAAGUAGAGAGAGAGAAACACAACAGGCUAGAGAGAGGGGAGGAGAGACGAGAGAGAAGGGGCAGGGCAGAUAAAGAACAGUGCACCAUUUGGAGCUCUGCACUCUCACGUCUCACCUCUCCCUCUUCUUCCUCCUCCCCUCUCCCUCCCAACAGCAACAUAACCACAGCCAUCUCUCUCUCCCCUGCACCACCAGGACGCCAUGAUCCCAUGAAGGAGAAGGAGAACAGCAGAUAGAUAGGUGAGUAGGAUAGUAUAUAGGAGCUAGCUAGUAGUGGAGGAACACUGCCAGUAGGGAUGUACAAGAACCAGCUACAGGAGCUGGCGCAGAGGAGCUGCUUCAGCCUGCCGUCGUACGUGUGCACGCGGGAGGGUCCCGACCACGCGCCGCGCUUCAGGGCCGCCGUCACCUUCAACGGCGAGACCUUCGAGGGCCCCAGCGGCUGCACCACGCUCCGCCAGGCCGAGCACGCCGCCGCCGAGGUCGCCCUCGCGCGCCUCUCCCUCCGCGGGCCCUCCACCUCGCUCGCCGCCCUGGUCCUCGAUGAGACGGGGGUGUACAAGAACCUGCUGCAGGAGACGGCGCACCGAGCGGGGCUGAAGCUGCCGGCGUACACCACGGUGCGGUCGGGCCCGGGCCACUCGCCGGUGUUCGCCUCCACCGUCGAGCUCGCCGGGAUGAGCUUCGCGGGCGAUCCCGCCAGGACCAAGAAGCAGGCCGAGAAGAACGCCGCCAUGGCCGCCUGGUCCUCCCUCAAGCAGAUGCCGGAGGCGCGCAAGGAUUCGGGCGCUGGCGGAGCCGGCGAUGAGCAGGAGCACGUGGUCGUUGCCAGAGUGCUCGCCGCGCUGAAGCCUCGAGACGACGGCGACGGCAAGGCGGUGCCUUUGCCGAAGCAUUGCGGCACGGGCUCUUCUCCCUCUGCUCUUCCGAACCCGUCGCUGUACAGACACCAAUGGCGGCCUCGGAACGCCCCUGCUCAGCUGAGGACGGUCCCCCAGCAGCCGGCCGGCCCCAGGAUACUGCCUCCCCUGCAUCUGCUGCCGCAACCGGCGUCCAGCUCCAGGGACGCUGCGGCAGCAGAGCUGGUGCGGAUGCUGGAGAGGGCCAUGGCGAGGGACAGGGCCGCGGAGGCAAUGCCGCCGUCGCCGUGCUACUACGCGCCUGCCUCGGCGUACCACUACGGCGGCGCGCCGAGAUCAUUCGCCGCGGGCGGGUUCCACGCGCCGGCAGUGAGCGUGCGGUCGGUGAUCCCGGUGUGCGCCGCUCCGCCGCCGCCGCCGUCGGUGGCCAAUCAGGAUGAACGGAAUGGCCCGGCAAAAGCCGCAGCAGCUGGCAAAAGAGUGUGAGCUCGUGGGCUCGUGGCCAUCUUUUGAAGUGCAAGAAGCGGCGAUGAAAUCAGUAAUAUAUGAGUCUGGUGCUUGGUUCUUGCAGGGGAAUUUUGAUCACAACUUUCUCUGUACCAAAGUUGUGUACGAGGUCAACUACGCAUCUCUCUCUCUCUCUCUGUGUCUGUGCGCGCGCGCUGUGGUUUGACCAUGAUGUGGAUGGUGAGAUCUUCAGGAAGGCAGCCGUGCCCAUGAAGGGUUUUAGGUGCAUAGACAUAUGAAUAUAGUUGUACUGUUCUGCUAGGGCUUCAGUAGAAGCCAUGCGCCCGUCUUAACCAGCGUAGCAUCUCUUUGGCUCUGCAUAUAUCAUACAUGUCUUGGCAUGUAAAUUGAUCUCAUACAUCAUCAUCUCCUUUGCUGAACCUUGUUUGUUCUGUUUGCUUAAAAAAUUAAGGUCCUGUUUAUUUCUGUUU